GCCAUCGCGGCGGGAUGCACCGGACACACGGGCUGGAGCUGUUCCCCGGCCGCAGCGUGACCCUCCUCCUCUUCAACCACGUCAGAAAUGCCGCUGCUCUGAGGAAAAAAGCCAUGGAAGGAUCCAUUGAAGGAGCACUAAUAAACCCUGCAGUGAUUGUAGAUCCUUUUCAAAUUCUUGUGGCGGCCAACAAAGCAGUUCAUCUACACAAGAUGGGUAAAAUGAAGACCAAAACUCUCUAUGCAGAAAUUAUUUUCAACCUUUCACCAAACAACAAUAUUUCAGAUGCAUUUAAAAAGUUUGGCAUUUCAGACAGUGACACAGCAGUACUCAUUGUUCUGGUUGUGGACGGAGAAAAAACUGUAAAUCUGGAAGAUAUAGCAUCUCAGGUAGAAGGCCAACAGGUUUCGCUAGAUGAACUCCCCCAGCUAACGGACACUGCCAAAGUUAAAAAAAUGUACAAAAUUACUCCUCAGGAAGAAAAAAUCGGCACCUUAUUGGAUAGUAUUGUUUGUAGAAUGUCAACAAAAGAUGUUUUAUGAAAUUGUGGAAAUAAAUUUUUUUAAAG